GCGCGGGCGGGGAUUGGGCCGCGCGCUCGCAGUUGGGUUCCCGGAGGUGCGCGGCUGCCUCCCACGGACCACCUGCUGCUCGUCCCGCCGGCGCGGAGAGUGCUCCCUCCAGCCUCCUCAUCUGCGGGGGGGAAAGGGCUGGGUCGUCCCGUCUCAGGACCCCGCGUCGAACCGCUGAGCCGCCGUCGCAGGGCGAGAUGAGCGCGGACGCGGCGGCCGGGCCGCCCCUGCCCCGGCUCUGCUGCCUGGAGAAGGGUCCGAACGGCUAUGGCUUCCACCUGCACGGGGAGAAGGGCAAGCUGGGCCAGUUCAUCCGGCUGGUGGAGCCCGGCUCGCCGGCCGAGACGGCGGGGCUGCUGGCGGGCGACCGGCUGGUGGAGGUGAACGGCGAGAACGUGGAGAAGGAGACCCACCAGCAGGUGGUGAGCCGCAUCCGCGCCUCGCUCAGCGCCGUGCGCCUGCUGGUGGUCGACCCGGACACGGACGAGCGGCUGCAGAAGCUGGGCGUCCCGAUCCGGGAGGAGCUGCUCCGCGCGCAGGAGGGGCCCGCGCAGGCCGAGCCGCCGGCCGCCGUCGAGGCGAAGGACGCUGGCGGCGAAAGCGAGCCGCAGGCCGCCGCGCCGGAACCCCGGGAGUCCGACCAGAGCCGUCCCGAGCGGCGUGAGCUGCGGCCUCGGCUCUGCGCCAUGAAGAGGGGCCCCAACGGCUACGGCUUCAACCUGCACAGCGACAAGUCCAAGCCGGGCCAGUUCAUCCGGUCCGUGGACCGGGACUCGCCCGCCGAGGCCUCGGGGCUCCAGGCCCAGGACCGGAUCGUGGAGGUGAACGGCAUCUGCAUGGAGGGCAAGCAGCACGGCGACGUGGUGUCCGCCAUCAAGGCUGGCGGCGAGGAGACCAAGCUGCUGGUGGUGGACAAGGAGACGGAUGAGUUCUUCAAGAAAUGCAAAGUGGUCCCGUCUCAGGAGCACCUGCAGGGUCCCUUGCCCGAGCCCGUUACCAACGGGGAGAUCCAGAAGGUAAAGGAGAACAGUCAUGAAGCCCUGGCCGAGGUGGCCUCCGAGAGCCCCAGGCGAGCCCUGGCACGAUCCACCUCCAGUGACACCAGCGAGGAGCUGAACUCCCAAGACAGCCCCAAGAAGCAGGACUCCGCGGCACCCUCAUCUACCUCCUCCUCCGACCCCAUCCCAGACUUCAACAUCUCCCUAGCCGUGGCCAAAGAGAGGGCCCACCAGAAGCGCAGCAACAAGCGGGCCCCGCAGAUGGACUGGAGCAAGAAAAACGAACUCUUCAGUAACCUCUGAGCGCCUCCCGCGCCACCCAGCGAGCUGACAGGGCUGGGCCCGCACCCCCCACCCCCCACCCCCUCCCCACUGACCCCCGAAUGGCAAACAAAUCAGCACCAGCAGCCGCCUCUUGGCAAAAUGUGAUUCUUCUCAAUAACUUUGAUUGAUCAAGGACUGGAUUGCAGCGGCCACAGCAUUUCAAGGGCUGUGGGCUGGGCAUCUUGUUUUUGUUCAUUUUUGUUUUGUUUUGUCUUGUUCUGAGUGCAGAGUAGAGGGAUUUUUGUCUCCUGAUUAACAUGAUUUUCCAGGUUGCUGCAUCCAGGACAUAGCAGCGCCUCAGCCUUAAACUUUCUUGUUUCUACUCCCACCGCAGAAGCCCCGGCCGGUGGGGGAGGGUGUGGCCACUCCCUGGCCAGCCCUGAGCCAGGCACCACCAUUGUAAGGAAACUCCACCAGAAAUUCACUGGUUUCU